CGAAAUAACCACAGCUUUAAAAAUUCAAAUAUUUGGCUGCUUAUAGAACCGUUUUUUUUUGGUCGAUGUUUUUUAUCGGUUCGAAUGGUCAGCUGUGUUAUGCAUGUUGUGUUUAUACAUUAUAAAUUGUUUGAUUACUAAUUAUUAAACCAGUUUUCUCGCUCGUAGUGUAUACGUAUGUUAUAGAAUGGAGGCUGUUAGCGCGUCCUUUCACCGAAAUGUCUUCUUAUUAAAUCAAUUGGUCCCCCCAAGUAAUGAUUUCAAGAAAGUGUUUCGUGAGGGGAUGUUUGAUAAACCGAAUAUGGCAGGGUUUAUAGAAGUUUCCCAUUACCUGUUAACAGUAUAUGAUGCUGAACGUUUUAAAAAACUAAUUGAGUGGCCAAUAAUAUGCAAGAAAAUGGAAGCAAAAUAUCGUAACGAUGUUAAAGACUAUCUGACUCUCAUUGCAACAGAGAAUCCUAACAUGGGAUUUCCAAAUAUACUUGUCAGUUAUUUCCAUCAUGCAAGUGGUCCGAAGUUUAUAAUUAUAAUGUGGAAAUUGUCUCAACUUGUACUGAAGAGAUACAUUAUGAAGAAUAGUAAAUACGAAGUUAUUUCUCUACCAAAACCAGGUUUUGCAAAUGACUUAAGUAGAAUUUACUUAGAGCAGGCUAAGGCAAAUAUUGCCGAUAAUAUAAUGAGUCGUCAUAGAAAUUGCAUACAAAUGGAAAAAGCUGUGAACUUUGCAUUGGAAGAACAGAAGGAACAAAUGGCUAAAAUCAAAGCAGAACUGUUUAACAGGAAACAUUCUAUUGAGAAAUGUGCAGCUGAAGCACCUGUUGCUUCCUCUUUGAAACAACGUUUGAUAAGCCUUGAAGAUUCAGAGAUCAUACAAAUGUGGAAAAAUAGCAUAGACGAAAAUGUAUGUUACAUAGAAAAACGGAAUGUACUUUUGAAGAAUCUGGAAAAAGCAUGUGAAAAUGUAAAUGACAUAAUAUCAAAUCUGUUGAGUGAUAUUAAAGCAUUAAAUGGAAAGCAGCUUGAAGGGGUCAAUUGUUCUCGGAUCUCAGACAUGUUAUUUCCACCUGAUGUUGAGCAUUGUCUUUAUCAUUUGUAUAAUGAUAAUAAAUUGGUAUUUUGCAAUUUCAUUCUCUUACUCACAUUAAUAUUAUAUCAAGUGUAUCAGCGCCUGAAAAAGAUUGGCUUGAAGGACUUGUCACAGUGUCUCUUGCAAGUGGAAGCGAGUGUGAAGGACAUGAAGUCUAUGUACGAUGUGUUCCAAAUGUUUUUGACAAACAUAAUAAAUUCCACAAAAAAGACACAAAGUGUCUUGUAUGACAAAAAUGUGGAGCAGAUGUCCAAAGAAGAUGUGUUACCCUUUGUAAAAGGUGUGCUUUUCAUGCCAUCACCUCCCAUCAAAAUCAAUACCAGUUACGCAGACGCAAAGAAUGAUUCACUCAAAUUAUUACAAAUCACCCCGGAAAUUGCACACAAAUCGUUAUUUUCAAGAUACGCUCGGCACACUCAGAGUCAUGUGCCAGACUUAAGAACGAAUUUAUUUGUGUCGCGUAUCAACAUUGACAAUACUGUACUGCUCGACAUUAACGAAAAACAAGGCUUGAAUAGGUGUUUCACGACUCCGAAAAUGAAUCGAUUGUCGGUCAAAAAACCAACAGAAAAGUACUCUCGAUUAUUCUCCACAUUCAUGAAUAAAAACAUAAAAGCCAGCUCAAGUAUGUUAUCUCUACCGACUACCGCACAAGCCAAUUCUUCCGCCUUUACGAAUACAAUAAAGAAGAUGUCGGAAUUCAACAUCACAGAGAGGAGAUUUUUCAAUUUGAGUCUCACUACUUGCACAUCUGAACAGUUUAGUCCAAUAAAACAGAACAUCUCGCAAAACGCAUCUCAGCAAGAAGAAGAAGAAGAGAGAGAUAAGGUCGAAUGUGAGUUGAAAGUAAACAAGUUCGAGCUGGAUGAAUUUACGGAAGUAUGUUUGACGAAUGACGUGAACAAGGGCGUGGUAUUAGAGCACCAAAAUAUUUCAAAGAGACGAUCCAUCAGCGACUUGGUAGAGCGUUAUAAAAAAUUGUUAGAGGUUAGCAAUUUACAAAAUGAGCACAAAACUGAGUAAUAAAAAAAAGAGUGAUAAAAAUACAUAUUUUUUUACAAGAAAUAAAAUUA